UCUCCCAAUGUGUACGAUAACAUUUGCCUAUGGCCCAGUCCAAUAAACUGAUUAGUACUCCGUAGUACGAUCUCACAGGCAGGCCCCUGCAACGCCUGUACUCCGUCUCCACAACUCUUCUGCUUCUUCUGCUUCUUCUGCCUAAUAUUCCUGCAUGAACUAUUGAAAACAUGCUGGGAAAGCAUGUGACAUACUUUGCUUGGCAAGAAUGCAUGCGUCCGUUGGAUCGAACUUGUGGUCGUAUUCUCCGACCAUCGCCUUCUCCUGGCUUGUAGAAUUACUACUUCCCUCGUCGCACGUAAAUGGUCGCAACGUGAAACCCGUCGUUGCGGUCCGAAACGGAACCCUGGUUGGUGGUCACAAUACUCGAUACCAUCAGGAAUUCCUCCUUGGACCGUGGAAAGUCGCGAAGCAGGCAUCUGCCUACGGAUUCCGGUGCGACUCCGCGCCGCUCUCUCUCCCAGGCUACUCACACGAUGGGCUUCACCACGAAGAAGACGAAGACUGCUUGACACUAAAUAUUAUCCGCCCCUCUGGGGCGACCCCAUCUUCUCGCUUCCCUGUCCUGGUGUAUAUCUAUGGCGGCGGGCUACAGGAAGGGGGUAGCUCGGACCAACGCUACUUACAAUAUGUCUCUAGGGUUGGACUUGUGUCCGGUCGCGCGUUCAAUGAUCCGAGCCUCGCAAAUUUCGUCCUAUACGACCAACAGACGGCGCUGUAUUGGAUCCAAGAGAAUAUUGCCGCCUUCGGCGGAGACCCUACUCGCGUCACGAUUCAAGCAGAGUCCAGUGGGGCUUUUGUCCGUCAGAUACCAUCCUCUAGCGUACGAUGGACUUUUUUGCGCUGCUAUCACGGUGCUCCCCUCAGUUCGGCUGCGCUCGUUCCGUUGGACGAACAGGAGCGCAUGUAUCAAGAUGUUCUUAUCGCUACUGGGUGUACUGCCCCAAUAGAGCCCAUUGAGGGCCUGCGACAGGCACCAAGAUCCUUUUUUCCUGUUAUGGAUGGGAAAUUUAUCACCGACUUUCCCUCCAACGUGCUCAAGCAGGGAAAGUUUGUGAAAGUACGAUUGCUAAUCGGGUCCAACCUAAACGAAGGGACUGGAUAUAUCGCUUCCGGCAUGUUCGGUGCUGUCAACACGGGGGCUGAGCUCAGAGCUGUGAUCACCGGGUUUGGGACCGGGAAAUACCUUACCAAUGACACCAUUGACAGAAUAGUAGAUGGGUAUCUUCAGCUACCUAUCUGGCAAUUCAGAGCUAACCUGGGGACAACUGGGGACUACCUCGUUAACGCCCCCAAGCGCUAUAGUACUCAAAUGUGGGCUCAAUCAGAGACGCCCGUUUAUAGGUAUCUCUUUGCGGCUGUUCCUAAUGGAGUGUCCCCUCGGGCCCUCGGUGCUACUCACUUCCAGGAGGCCGCCUUCGUGCUCAACAACUCCGAAGGAGUCGGGUUUACGGUUCCUCCUCUCCGUUCAUCCGAUAGCCAGAUGGAGAACCAACCGCAGGAUGGCCCGAAUAAUCACCAUUGUAGGUUACUUUGCUGCUUCUCCCAAUCAGGUUACUCACUGUAUGUAAUGCCAUAUCUGAAGAUACAAUGGCCGAUGUAUCAGAAAGACUCGGCCGCAAAUUUGGUGUUCCGUAUUGAGGGUCCAACGGUGGAGCCUGAUACCUGGCGGUCGGGGUUCUGA